AUGGAAAACACAGCUGUCAAUGCCGUUGAAGAUCACACACCUGGAAGGCUAGGAACAUAUGCAUUAAAGUUCAUGUCCGAGAAUUCCUUUGGAUACAAGCUCUUCUUUGGUCCUGAUCCACACAAGGUACGCCCCAAGGUUCUUUUGCUCCUGGCAGGUCUAUUGCUUUUGCAGGUAGCCAUCUGGGUAAUUGCUGUGUGCGUCUUUAAACCCUAUCCUUCCAUGGUCGGUACUGGUGCUCUUGCGUAUACUCUAGGUCUGCGUCAUGCUGUGGAUGCGGACCACAUCUCUGCCAUUGAUAAUGUCACUCGCAAAUUACUCAACAACAACCAACAUCCGGUCUGCGUGGGAUUAUUUUUUUCUCUCGGCCACUCCACUGUUGUAUUCAUCACAUCUAUCAUCGUUGCUGCAACUGCCAAUGCCGUAGCCAAUAAUAUCGAAGACUUUUCUGAGAUUGGAGGAUUGAUUGGUACAUCUGUGUCCAUUACAUUUUUAGUGUUGAUUGCCAUCCUUAAUCUGGUAUGUAUGAUCGGUGUCAUCAAGACAAUGAAGCGAGUCAAGAAAGAAGGCGUCUACACGGAAGUUGACAUUGAGGAAUAUCUGGCCAAUAGAGGUAUUCUUGGGCGGUUCUUUCGUCCUGUCUUUAGAUUUGUCAAUGCUUCUUGGAAGAUGUACCCUCUUGGUUUCCUGUUUGGAUUAGGCUUUGAUACAGCUUCCGAAGUGACAUUAUUGGGCAUCACUGCAGUUCAGGGUGCACAGGGCAUGUCCAUGUGGCUCAUUAUUCUGCUUCCGAUCCUUUUCGCAUCAGGCAUGGCAUUGAUUGAUUCGCUCGACAGCAUGUUGAUGCUCUUUACCUAUACCUGGGCUUACAUCAACCCUGUACGAAAGCUAUUCUAUAAUUUGACCAUCACGACAAUCAGUGUGGUCGUCGCUGUUGUUGUAGCUUUGAUUGAGCUAUUCUCAUUGAUUGGAGAACAACUCGAGUUGGACAACGGAUGGUGGAGAUUCUGGUAUUUCUUGGCUGAUAGUUUUGAAUGGAUUGGUAUUAUUAUUGUGGGAGCUUUUAUUGUUACUUGGGCAGUGAGUGCUGUAGUUUAUCGCCUCGCUGGUUAUAGAGAUUUGGAAAAGGAGUUCGACGACUUCAAGCCUGAAAAUAUCAAAGUAGAAACUAUUACGGAAGACCUACCUAAAGAUAUUGAGGAAGGCAUCAAGACCGAGAUUGAAAUAAAUCAGGACGAGAAGCCUUCUGGGAAGACCCAACUCUGA